AAAUAAGAACAACAUAAAAAUAUUUUCAGGCUGAACACUGUGCCCGAGCAAAAUUUUCCUGGUUCUUAUGAAAAAAAAAAGUGUAUUUAGUAAAAAAACAGCUGAUUUUUGUGCUUGAACAGAACACUCAAGUACGAAGAUGCGUGGUAACCUCAAACUACAGAUAGCAAUUGACACCAUACAAAAAGUUGCAAAGGCGAAAGGAUUGUCGAAUGAUGACAUCACCAAUCUUCUUGAUGUAGCUGCCAGUGCCAGAUUCUCUGAUGCUGUCAAUUCGAAGCUCAUCAAGUUCAUGUUGCCAAAUACAAGACUUUCUCAACAAAUCAUCAUUAACUGCAUUUCAUGGAUCUGUACAAACACACCAUCUCCAGAGAUACAGGCUCUACUAUGCAGAUGGAUGGUUUUAGUGUUUGAUGUGAUUGAUGCUAAGGACAAGAUACAUUCUCUCUAUGGUGUCAUCUUCAAUUUUAUUGAAAGUGAUCUCCUGAAAUCUAAACGCAGAAAACAGGAAGUGAUUCCAUCCCUGUCAUCAAGCAGCUGGGGUCAGGAUUCUGGCUCCUUUAAUGUACUCAUCUCAGAAACGACUAAGGUACCAAUUAGCCAAAUCACAACAUUUGAUGAACUGCUUGUGAAUCUAGACAGGCUGGAGUUACCUAGUCAAAUAGCUGCAGUGUUGCAGUCACCUUUUCUACAGCAUGCUGUCUCAUGCACAAGAGAUGAGAACAUUGUACAAAGGCUUAGUUUCUGGCUCUAUCAAACAUUACAUGAAGAACUUCUUGAUUGUGAUGAUGCUGGAAACAACCCAAGAGCAGAGCACCUCCUACAGCUACUAAUCAAUUUCACCGAGUUCUUGCAGGAGGAUGUGCCAGUGUCUGAAAGCUUUUUAGUCAAGUACUUGUACGUGUGGAAUGGUUUGGACUAUCGGCCGUACAUACUACGACUCAUCACUAGGUUCAGAGUACAUCCCUUUCAAAGAUUAAAUGACCUGCUUUUGGAGCCUCUAAGGAAGCUGUUUUUCUGCUCAUCAGUCUACUUUAAGUGUCAAUUGAUCUACUGCCUUACAGAGUUGCUGCGGCAUUAUCUGGAGGUGGAGUUACCGAAGCAUAGGGCAGCUUAUACAAGGAGGAAAGUUGGUGGUGGUGGAGAUGCAACAGAUGAGCAUUUGGAAAUGAACUGUGAUUCAAUGUUUGAAGAGGUGUUAGAUCCUGAACUAGCAGUGGACACAAUUCAACAAUUAAUUGUCUUUGUUGAUGAUAUCAGUUGCGUUGCACUCCAGCAGGAAAAUGAUCACACCUUGCUUCUUUACCAUGUUUUCUCAUUUUAUGAGCUGGUGUCUGUAAUUUUCCGCACCUACAGCAUACCAUUUGUCAGUGUACCAACACCAGGUAUCGUUUAUAGGGCCAUGCUGUCAAACAAUGCUGUAGCAUUAUGCCGUUUAUGCAAAGUUGUUUGCAAUUACAAGGAAGAAUUCAAUACUAUGAAGACACUUGAACAUAGUUCUUUAAAGGGUAAUCUUAAAGAAGGAAUCAAAAUACUGAACCAGUACAUCAUUGACAUCAGCAAUGCCUUAUGGAGAAACAUGUCAUUCCAGGGUACAUCCAAGACAAUGAUAUUCGACAUCCCAAUCGAUAUUCUUGAACGUUCCCAUGUCCGACACAUCAAUGUCAUAUUCUCCAUCCAGCACCACAUGGCCCUUUCUGGUUAUUCCUACAAUUUCCUGAAAGAGACUCAGGCAGAUGAGAAAUACCACCCUAUCCAGAUCAAGGGGAACAUCCGCAUCGUGUACCUACAGUUCCUUAGCAACGAAGGUCUAAACGGCAUUGUUGAAUUCAUUAACACAUUCAUCAAGAGAGGGAGCUCUACAAGCCAAAAGCAGUGAAUCCUGAAUGUGGCUAUGUUGAUUAUGUUUAGGAUAAAGUAAUUUUGAUAAAUUUUUCAUGUUGUAUACCAUUAAAGAUAUACUGUCUGUGUUAAGGUAACACAUGAAAUUAACUGUAAUAUGUUAAUUGCUUACUUUGUGUAGUAUUAUAAAGUAUAAUUCAAUAACUUCCAAUUGAAAAUUAGAACUAAAAUUGUUUUUACUUGAUUAUCAACAGACUCAAGGUCAUUGGAUUGAUGCUUAAAUUGACUGAUAAUUAUUAUUUUAACAACAAGCCUUUAAAUAUUUUAAAAUAAAUUGAUUCUUUUUGUUUCGCCUCAUGUGAAUUAUAAUAUUUUAAAAAAAUUAAGUGAACAAUUCAGUGUUUUAAUUAAAUAUUUGAGGGUUUCUUCACUCUCUAGUUAGAAUAAUAAAGAUAAAAGACAUUUGUGAAUUUGGCACCACAUAAAAGUGGUCUUAAUUGGAGGGGUCUUUAAUUAGAGAGAGACCUUUUUUUUGUAAGCACACACAUGAUGAUGAUUGUAACAAUAUACUGGUACUUAAUUUUAAUAACUUCCAAUUGAAAAUUUAUUUUUACUCUACUAUCAACAGAUAUAGUAAUUGGAUUGGUGCUUAAAUUGACUGAUAAUGAUUAUUUUAGUAACAAGUUUUAGACUAUUCAAAAAUUUAAUUCUUUCUGUUUUUGUCUCACAUGUAAUUAUUUCAUUUUUUUGUGUUUUUAAUUAAGUGAGCAAUUCAGUGUUUUUCAGAUUUUAUCACUAACAAUAUAUCUUUCUAGAGUUUCAAACUUAACUGAACAAUCCGAAUGUGUUAUUCUGUAGCCAGGAGUACUUGCAUUUCCCACACACACAUGCACAAAUUUACAUACGUUUAAAAUCCUCUCAUUCAUCGGUACCUUAGCAACAGAGGGCGGGGCUUAGUGGACAGGUCCGUUGUACUAUAAACAUGUAAUUUAUCAGUGGAGCUGCUGUGAUUUUUUAUGAAAAAUUUUAAUGAUGAUUAUAAAAUUUAUAAUUUAAAUAUGAUGAUGACAAUAUUUUUAUGAUGACAAUAUUAUGUUGAAAAUAUAUUGUUGAUAUAUUGUGAUGAUGAUAAUGUUGGUGAUGAUGAUAAUGAUAUGAAUAAUAUACAUUAGUGCUAUGUGCUUUUUUAAGAUAAUUGACUUUUGUGGUAGAGAUAAUGUUGCUGUUGAUGCUAAUGUUGCAAUGAUGAUGAUUGUAAAAAUGUAAGUUUAAUAAGUAAUUGAAGAAAAAAAAUUGCUUUACAGAAUGAAAACAUUUUAUAAUAAUAAUUACAUUAAUUUGCAUAAAUGUUAAAAACAUUGAUGAAAAACAAUAGUUUUAAAAUAUUACAGUAUUUAGUGGUAGACUAUGUGUGUUAAACAAUUAUAUAUCUUAGCUGCUAACUAUAUUUGAAUUAAUAGCUUUCAAUUUAAAAGUAGUAAGAAUAUUAUAUUCUUGAGUGCUCACAUAAUAUCUUUCCUAUAAUGUUUUGUAUAGAUACUGAAAUUAGCUGGUACUAAUAUUUAGAAUUUUUUUAAUAAUGUUUCUGUAAACCAUCCAAAUUGCUUGUGUUUUUUUUUUAACCUAUGUGAUACUUAUAAAUAUAUGCUAUGUUAGUAAUUAAUUUUUUUAGGUUUUAAUAUUGUAUAACAGUUGGUGAAUGUAAUAAUACAUUGAACAUUUUUUAAAAUAUAAUUUUGUACCUUCCUGGUAUGUUUGUCCAGUUGUGGCAUCGCCUACAUUUUCAUAAUAUACAAUACAGAAUUAUAGUGUGUCUGUCUGGGAGUAUAUUCAUCUGUGGCUGACUAGAAACAGCCUGCAAGACGAGUAUUCUAUUUCAUGGCAGCAAAUGUGUCUAUGUCCUAAAAUUCAAGCUGUGUUUGGAUUUUUAAAUUACUAAACAGAGAAUUAUAUUGCCGCUCACUUCACAAACUAGAAAGUAGACUGUGAGCUUGCAAAAACAAAAAAGUGUGUAAACCCCCCCCCCCACAACCCAUUGUUAUGCCCACCCCUGCUCUAUACCAAUACAUUACAACAACAACAUUACUGAACAACACUAUAUUGAUUAUGACAUACUAGUGUGUAUAUAGUACAUGUGGUUUAAGAUAAAUAACUUAAUAUUUUUAUUAACAACUUUUAUUAAUCUUGAAUUUAAUAUAGAUAGAAACUUUUUUGUUAAUUGCAUGGUAAGCUACAUGGAAUUGGACAUGAUAAUGUGUUAUUUGUGGUUCCAGCUCUCAAGGUUAUUUACUUUCAACAAUUUUCAUUGUGUAAUGAGAGGUCAGGGGUCAAAUUGAUAUUCAUUCAUCUGUUAUAUUAAUUAUAAUUCUUCAUUUGUUCUCAUUUUGGAAAAUAGUAAUUUGGGCUGGGAACUCACAGCACAAGUUACCUCUCAGGAAGAUGCUCAGCUUAAUAUUUUAUUGUUUACAUUUUGAUGGUUCCCACAUUCAAAUAAGAGAUUAAGUUUUUAAAUUUUAUUGUUAAUUUGGAUUGAUUUUAAAGGCACUUUUUAUGAAUUUUGCUAGAGUUGGUCUGUGUUGACAAUGUAAAUAUGUGAAUAUGUUAUAAAACUCUACUAUAACUUAUAUUAUUAUCUGUGCAUUGGUGUUAACAGUGCCAUUUUAUGACAGCCCCAAUUUGUACAUUUCAAGCAAUAAUGUUUAAAAUAAAAAUUGUGCUUUAUAAAAAAAAAAA